UGAUGACAUUUAUUUAAAUCCUACAUCAGCCGAAAUGGGUAGAUAAUCAUGGAAGAUACAACUCAGAUUGCGUUGGUAGCCAUCUGUUCUCUUGGUGCAGUCAUGGGUUUGGUAAUGGGAAGUGUUGUUUGCUCCUGGUGUUUUGGUAAAAAGAAAAAUGAAGAUGAUAGUGAGGAAGAGGCUCUGGCCAGAAAAAUCAAAGGUGGCAGCUCUUUAGAUGAAGAGUCGAAUGAUCCGAGACUUAAAUUUGACAAUACUUCAGGACGAGGUCCUGGUUCACCUGCAAUUACUCGAAAAACUAUCAAGUUUGAGCGACCAGAAAGAAAAAUGGUAACAGAACAAGUUCAACCAAACGCCACCAAUCAAACUGCAUUAAACCAACAACUUGGUCUACAGAAAGAAUCUUAUAAUACAAUGGGCAUGACACGGGGUUUGAGUUUAAGCAGUCAAAGUCGCUCAGCUUCAGAAGAGGAAGAGUCAUCUAGUGUUUGGAAAAAUGUGAAAAGUAUUGCAACAUUAUUAAUGGAUGAACCCCCUCCAGAACCAACAACUGGACCAAUAGUGGAUGGGGUGGACUUUAAACUGGGAAAAAUUCAAUUUGGACUCUCAUAUGACUUUCAAUCAUUAACAUUAUCUUUAAGAAUUCUUCGUGCUACUGGUUUACCAGCUAAAGAUGUAACCGGAACAAGUGAUCCUUAUGUUAAAAUAGUUCUCUUACCAGACAAAAAACAUAAAUUAUUAACUAAAGUAAAGAAGAGAAAUUUAAAUCCACAUUGGAAUGAGUGCUUUUUAUUUGAAGGUUGGCCCCACAACAAGUUAUUAGAGAAAACAUUAUAUCUACAAGUUAUAGAUUAUGAUAGGUUCAGUAGAGAUGAUCCUAUCGGAGAGACAUAUGUACCACUCAAUGAAAUAGAUUUAUCUCAAUCUCCUACAUUCUGGAAGUAUCUACAACCUUGUAAAGAUUCUAGGGGUAAAUUAGGAGAGUUGUUAUUGUCGUUAUGUUAUCAACCUAAUAUAGGAAGAUUAUCUGUUAUUGUUAUGAAAGCCAAGGAAUUGAAAGCCAAAGAUAUAACUGGAACUUCAGAUCCCUAUGUGAAAAUCUGGCUAUCAUUUGGUAACACAAGAGUUGAAAAGAAGAAAACCACCAUAAAGAAGAGAACCCUAAACCCUGUUUUUAAUGAAUCAUUUAUAUUUGACAUACCAUGGGAGAAGCUCCGUGAAGCUUCUCUUGAAGUGACUGUAAUGGACUUUGACAAAGUGGGACGGAAUGAACUAAUUGGAAAAAUUAUUUUAGGUGGUAGAAGUGGUCCCAUGGAAACCAGACAUUGGAAUGACAUGGUUCAAAAACCACGACAACAAGUUGCUCAGUGGCAUUUAUUAAAAGAUUGA